CUGUGUAUCGCAGUGUGUGUUUGCGCUCAGAUUGAAGAUGAUGGAAGUGUCCGUAUGUUUCCUCCUGCUGCUCAGCCUCGCCCUCCAACCCUCUGAUGCUGCUGGACCAGGCAGCUGUGUGGGCCGCUGUGGGGAGGUGUUCACCAGAGGCCAGCAGUGUACCUGUGACUUCAGCUGCCUCAGACACAACGAGUGCUGCCAGGACUUCCAGGCUGCCUGCACCACAGAUCAGUCCUGUCAGGGUCGCUGUGGGGAGACGUUCAGCCGCGGCCGGGUGUGUGAGUGUGAUGCACAGUGCAGCCAGUAUAGCACCUGUUGUCAUGACUACCAGCUACACUGCGAUGCCGGUGUGUCAGGCUCUCUCUCCAGGACGGCACAGCCUCUGAGAGCUGCUGCGACAGGAAAUGGGAGACCAGGUAGGGAGUGGGGAGACUCCAACAGUGAGAGUGAGGAAUGGUACUCAGCGAAGGGCCCCUGCUCCCGGUACCCCAGGGGUCAGUGUCCGGGGUCCAUCAGACAGCUGACUGCCAGCUCCUCUGGCCGAGCUCCUGCUGCACCGACCAAUCAACCACAACAGGGACUCCUUGCUGAUGGGACCCUCUGCAGUGAUUCUCCCAUCGAUGGACUGACAGCUCUCAGCAAUGGGACCGUUCUGAUAUUCAAAGGUGAGCUGCUGUGGUCAGUGGACCCCGUCAGUCGCUCAGUGGGGGGUCCUCAGAGGAUCACACACACUCUGGGUGUGUCCUCUCCCAUCGACACAGUGUUCACACGCUGCAACUGCCACGCACACACCUACAUCAUCAAGGGGGAUCAGUUCUGGCGUCUGGAUGGGAACAUGGUGAUGGAGCCAGGUUACCCCCGACCUCUGACCUCUGAGUUCCCCGGGCUGACAGGAAGUAUCCGCGCUGCGCUGGCAGUCCCCGCCACCAGGAGCUCACCGGAGAGUGUGUACUUCUUUAAGAGCGGAGACAUCAUGCAGAGGUUCAGUUUCCCAGCAGGCAGUGCGCCCUCCUGCAGCAAACCCCCCAGCACCCCCCCGAAGACACGCUUCACUCGCCAGGCCGGUCUUCUGGGGGCAGAGGUCAACAUCAGAGUGUCUCUGAAGGGGUUCCCCUCCCCCGUCACCUCCGCCCUGUCCCGCCCUCAGAGGGGGGGGCUGUUCGAGCACUACGUCUUCUCUGGACCUCUCUUCUUCAGCGUCCACAUCUCAGGGGACCUGCUGGUGCUGACCACACCUCCCCCCCCCCGCAGCCCCGGCCCCCCCCGCCAAUCCUCAGCCCUGUUGUGUACAGCGACUUCACCAACAUGGCCGAUCAGAAUGCUAACACGCCCCCCCCAGCUAACUCCAUCAGAGUGUGGCUGCGCUGUCCCUGACAUCCUGACGUCCUGCUCUGGUAUUAUAACCACAAUAUUUUCAAAGCACUAA